AUGUCUCACUCACCAGCUACACCGGACAAAGCUGGCAUGCAUGCCAACGGCUCUGGAUCCAAGGCGCCGCUGCCUUCCACGGACAAGCCUACCUCUACCUCCAAGGUCAAGCAGACAUCACUUAACGAGCCUUCACCUGCGAGUACCUACGGUGACACCGUUGCUGGCGGUAGUUCUCCCGCUACUCCGCUGGACGUCGGCAGUCAUGAUCACCACAUGGCAGGUUUGAUACACUCCCUGCAGGCUGCGCAAAUCGAUCCUGCCAUUGAGACCAUCUCCGGAUCUCCAAUGACAGCUCGCGAUGGAAAACACCUUUCACAGCUGGAGCGACGUGUAGACCGAAGUAUCUUCAUCGAAGCUCAGCUGAGUCCAUCAAAGACCGGUAACCUCAGUCGCAAUGCGUCUGCAGCCUCAUCCCCAAGCACCGAUCGCGUCAAGGAAAUUCGCGAGAGCCCCAGUUGGCGCAACAAGGAUGGGAACUUUGUGCGUCGCUCUGGCAAUCACGGAGAAGACCCAUUCGUCUCCAGUGCCAAUGCUGGGCAGUCUCAUAGCAACAAUACAUCCUUCAGCCCCCGUAGGGAUCGAACGGGGGUCCCGCUUUCCAAUGACAACGCUCAAGCCAUGCUGCCACCAAGAGCUUGUGUCUUCGUCGCAAAUCUUGUUCAGACACAGUCUGAUGAUCAGCUUGAGCAUCAUGUGCACGUUGCGUUUCUCCAGUACGGCACUUGCUAUGUCAAGAUUAGACGUGACGCACGGGGUAUGCCAUUUGCUUUUGUUCAAUACGAGAACGAGAACGAAGCUCAGCGCGCUAUCUCUAUCGGUCGGGGUAUGCUCAUCAACGGUCGCCCAUGCCGUACAGAGGUUGCCAAGGUGAACCGCUCUUUGUAUCUGUCGAAGGUUUCUGGAGGCCUGAUCUCCGAGACAGAAGCUCGCGAGGUCUUGUCUCGUCACGGACCAAUUGAGAGCGUUUGGUUGUGCUCACAGACUGACAAGGAGAUGUUCCGUCUACCUGAAGGUAUCUGGGUAAAAUUUGUCUACUUCCAGGACUGUCGUGACGCGCAAGCGAUUUUUCGAGAUCACCCAGUGUAUAGGCUUGAGCAACCACCCUUGCCAGAAGAGGUUCGCCCUCGUCAAGGAGGCCGAAAACACGCGUCAAUGUCUCCCAUGCAGCGAUCGAGUCCUGGCCAUAUUUUGCCGUCGCCGCAGUAUGCAUCUAGACGGGCUAAUGCAGACCUGUGCUCCAUCUUCGUGGGUAACUUGCCACCCAAUGCCACGGAUCCGCAGCUUCGCGAAAUUUUUUCAAUCUUCGGUCCUAUCACCCACGUGGAGAUAGUCAGGAAGCCAUCUGUGCACGCUGGUAUCAAUGUCUUCGCGUUCAUAGAGUACCUCAGUCCUGAUAUGGCGGUCGCUGCCGUUCAGGCGAGCCCUAGGAUGUAUGGAGUCGAUCGUCUUCGUGUUGAGCGCAAAGAAAUAAGCGGUACCUUCGCUCCUCGUGACCGCGUCUUCGCAUCUGGUGGAAGCCCAAGCUCCCCAUACUUCGCUGAUUCUCAUGAACAAAUGGCGAAUCUCUUACAGCGCGUCUAUAAUUUCGGUAUGACUCAAGGAGCACAAACACAAGCUAUGCCACCGCCGGUGUAUGCUCCAUACCCGUACUAUCAGCCAUACGAUCUAUCUCAGUACGGACAAUUCGCCACGUCAGCCACGCCGAUGGACAACAACACUGCAGCAGGCCUGCAAACUCACGGCAAUGGGUACCCGGCUCAAGCAAUGGGUCACUUUCAGUAUCCCCAGGCUCCCACCAGCACCUCAUACCUUCAGUACCCACAGCAGCCAGCACCUCGUCCCUACCAGUGGCCACCUGCGAGUGCGAGUGCUGACAAUGACAACGCAUCACCGUCUAAGGGAGCUUAUUAG